AUCUCGCGCUCCUGAAUUCCAUUCCAUUUUUUACUUCGGCCAGCGCUUGCGGAUCCCAUCCCAACUUUACUGGACUUCUAGUAUUCUGCUCUAGCGUUGCAUCGAAGUUGGAGAGUAGGGAAAAGCGCCCGAAAAGAGGGAGGUGAAUAACUAAAGACUGCGCAGCGCUUUAUUAACAUUCCACGAAAGUUAGACUACAGUCUUUUGCAUUUGGAUUUUGGUCGAGCUUAUCGAGCUCGGUGGGACUAGGGGGGGGAAAGAAACCGCGGCCUCGCUCCAAAAGAAAGUAUUAUAAAUUUUAACGUGAGUGUGGGACAUCGAUUUCCUCCCUGCAGCGCGUGGGACUUGCGCGAAAUCCAGAGAAAAUGGGCACUCGGACGAAAGUCCACAAAGUGUCCGGACUAAUCAUCUCCUUGAUUUUCACGUUUCAUCUGAACAAUGUGGUGCUGAGCUCGAAGGUGUGGGGUGAGGUACCCGUCCCUGAGGACCUGGAGCCUCACCGGGGAGUGCGACAGGCACAGCGCUAUCUGGAUGAUGAUGAAGACUUUGCAGCUGAUGGAUCAGGCGAUAUUCCCAGUGGAGAAGAGGAUGGCAGCACCCCCGAACCCACGACAGUUGGCCCUAUAGCCACAGUGUACUACCGUGCUCUGGUCAACUUCACCACCUCCAUCUCCUACAGUCCUGACAUGCAGAUCAUCACAUCCCCUGCCUUCUCAGAGAUCUCGGAGGCUGUUGUGGACACGCUCGAGUCGGAGUACAACAAGAUCUCUGGAGUGCAGACCGUCAAUGUGGUCCUCAUCAAGCAGAUCGGGCGUGACGUGUUUGUGGAGCUGGACGUGGGCACAGAGUUCAACUACAACGAGGCCCAGAUCCGCAGUGUGCUCUUCGAGACCGUGCAGGACGGCUUCAUCGCCAACUACAUCACCUCCACACAGGGCUUCCAGUUCAGACAGCUGGGAGAGGCUGAAAUCAUACCCACUGUGGAGCCCCUAGUCCCCCCAGUAGUGGUUCCCAGCCCGCGACCAUGCAGGGCAGACGAGUAUAAAUGUGGCGAUGGCAGCUGUAUUCCUCAGGCCUAUUACUGUGACCAGAGACCCGACUGUCCAGACAUGAGUGAUGAGAAGAACUGUGAAACCCGAGUUGAAACCCGAGUUGUAACCAGCCGUGUUCAAACCAGCCAUGUUCAAACCAGCAUUGUCGAGAGUCAACCAAAACGACAUUUCCCUCAAAAACCCAACAAGCCGGGUGCAAAAUUCAAUGUCUUUUCAGAGCGUACACCUGCUCCCCCACGUCCCCCGACCCCCGUGGGUCCCGGACCCGGCCCCGGCCCCGGCCCUGGCCCGUCGCAGCCCUGCAGGUCCGACCAGGCCACCUGCCAGAGUGGGGAGUGCAUCUCCAGGGAGUACCUGUGUGACGGCGAGCGAGACUGCAAAGAUGGCAGCGACGAGUUCCGAUGUGGCACACCCUCUCCAUGCGAGCCUAAUGAGUUCAAGUGUGCUAACGGACGCUGUGCUCUGAAGCUGUGGAGGUGUGACGGUGACAACGACUGCCAGGACAACUCAGAUGAGAUCGACUGCCCCACAAAGCGUCCUGGGGACACCUGUGCGCCAGAGCAGUUUGUGUGCCUGAGCGACAGGGCCUGCAUCCCGGCCAGCUACCAGUGUGAUGAGGAGCCUGACUGUGCUGACCGAUCCGACGAGUAUGGCUGUGUGCCCCCCACCGUCACCACCCCUCCUCAGGAGUCCAUGAGGGUUGAGAGGGGCGGUACGGUCACCUUCAGCUGCUCCGCCGUGGGGACACCCACACCCAUCAUCACCUGGAGGCUCAACUGGGGACACAUUCCUGUCAGCUCCCGAAUCACAAUGACCAGUGAGAAUGGACGAGGCACUCUGACCAUCCGGGAUGUGAAGGAGGGCGAUCAAGGUGCCUACACCUGUGAGGCCAUCAAUGCCAAAGGCCUGGUGUUCGCCAUUCCAGAUGGCGUCCUCACUCUCAUUCAGAAGCCAGUUUUGUCAAGCUCUCUGUACUUGUUAUCAGGUAACUGCCCUGACGGACAGUUUAGCGUGUCAGGCCGCUGCAUUCCCUGUUUCUGUUUUGGCAUCACCAAGAACUGCCAAGCCACAGGCCGCUACCGCAGCCAGAUGUCUCUGAGGUUCACCGACGAGGACGACUACAAAGGAGUCAAUGUAACAUUCCCAUCAAAUCCCAGCACUCCCCCACUCACCUCCACCCAGAUGCUGGUGAACCCAGACGAGGGGGAGUUCCAGCUGGUGGAUCUGUCACGCCGGUUCCUCAAUCAGGACUCCUUCUGGACUUUGCCUCGACAGUUCCUUGGCAACAAGCUGGACUCUUAUGGGGGCUCGCUGCGAUAUAAGGUCCGAUACAUCCUGGCCCGUGGACUCUCCCAGGGCAUUGACAAGUCAGACGUGAUGCUGGUGGGCAACGGACAGAGACUUCUUUACAAGAAAGCUGGCCUUAUCCCCGCAAACCGCCCCAAUGCUAAGCAGAUCAUCUUUAAGGAGGAACACUGGCAGCAUUCCUCUGGUCGCUCCGUGAGCCGAGAGGACCUGAUGAUGACGCUGGCCAACCUGGAGGGCAUCAACAUCCGCACCAUCUACGACCAGCACAUGGUCAGCGUGGCCCUGAGUGAGGUCAUCAUGGACACCAGCACCGUGGAGUUCAGCCUGGACGGACACGCUAAAGAUGUGGAGGAGUGCAGGUGUCCAGGUGGCUAUUCGGGUCUGUCAUGUGAGAGCUGUGCUUCAGGGUUCGAUCGCGUGUCUGGUGGCCAGUAUCUGGGCACGUGUGCUGGCUGCAACUGUAAUGGGCACGCCAACGCCUGUGAUCCCAUUAGUGGACACUGCCUGAGCUGUGAGCACAACACGGAGGGGACUCAGUGUGACAAGUGUCGGCCAGGGUACUUUGGCGACCCCACACGAGGACGCCCAGAUGACUGCAAGCCUUGCCCCUGCCCCUACACCGAGACCUCACGGAGAUUUUCAGAUACCUGUUUCAUGGAUCACGAUGGCCAGGCUACGUGCGAUGCGUGCAGGACGGGCUACACUGGCCGGCGUUGUGAGCGGUGUGCCCCUGGUUAUGUCGGGAACCCUCUGCAGCCAAAUGGAAAAUGUGUCCCUGACUCUGCACCUUCUACUAAAUGUGACAACAGAGGAAUCGUCAGCUCCAUCAGCAGCAGGCCGUGCCAAUGCAAGGCAAAUGUGGCGGGCAACCAGUGUGAUGAGUGUAAGAUUGGUACGUUCCACCUGAGUGGCUCCAACCCUGAGGGCUGCAUGCAGUGCUUCUGCAUGGGGGUCACCAAACAGUGUGCCAGCUCGUCCUGGACAAGAGACCAGGUGCGCGGUGGUGUGAAUGGUCAGCUUUUCUCCCUGGCCAAUGCACAAGGCAGCCGCACCAUCACGGAGGGCGUGAGCCAGCGUGGACCAGCCGAGGUCAUCUUCCGCACCUUCUACAACCUGCCCAAUGAUAUCUAUUACUGGGUGCUGCCCGAGACCUUCAGGGGAGACAAGGUGACAGCUUAUGGAGGGGAGCUGCGCUAUAAGGUGAGAUACGAGCCUCGCUCUCAGACCCAGGUGAUCGACGGGAAGCCAGACGUGGUGUUGCAAGGCAGCGGCAUCUUCCUGGAGCACUUCUCGCAGAGCAAGCCACUCCCACGCGUGCCCACCUCCGUCACUGUCACUUUCAGAGAGUCUGCCUGGAGGAGAGCUGAUGGACAGCCGUGCACCCGAGAGCACCUCCUCAUGGCUCUGGCUGAUGUGCAGGUCUUCAUGAUCAGAGCUACCUAUGCAGACAGCAUGGCUGAAAGCAGUCUUUCAGACAUCCAGAUGGACAUUGCGGUGCCACAUAAUACAGGGAAUGAGAGAGCACUGGAGGUGGAGGAGUGUGCUUGUCCUGCUGGUUACACAGGGCCAUCCUGCCAGGAAUGUGCCGACGGCUACACGCGCACUGGCUCAGGUCUCUACCUUGGAACCUGUGAGAGGUGCAACUGCCACGGACACGCAAGUGGCUGUGACCCUGACACUGCAGCCUGCCUGGGAUGCCUUCACAACACUGAGGGUCCCAGCUGCGACAGGUGUAAACAUGGCUUUUACGGCAAUCCCAAAACUGGAAGUCCGAACGCUUGCCAGCGAUGCCCUUGCCACCAGCUACCUGGACAGCCCGCUAUUGGCUGUUACCCGGGUAACGAUGGUCAGCCUAUCUGUGAAUGCCCAACUGGUUACACUGGUCGCCGCUGCGAGAGCUGUGCACCAGGAUAUAAUGGAAACCCCCUCAGUGGACGAAGCUGUUCACGAGAAACUCCCGGAAACUGCUACCAGUGUGAUGAGCGAGGAAGUGAGGGCUGCAGUGGAAACGGGGUCUGCCGUUGCAAGAUGAAUGUGGAGGGACCAUACUGUUCAAGCUGUAAAUUCAACAGCUUCCAUCUGAGCGAGCUGAACAAAGAUGGCUGCCUGUCCUGUUUCUGCAUGGGCGUGGUGCAGAAAUGCACCAGCUCCAACUACUACAGAGAUGUGGUGUCCACCUCCUUCACGCCAGGAAACUUCCAAGGCUUCUCUCUGGUCAACCGGCAGGGCAGCACCCUCAUCACUAGCGGCUUCAGUGUGGAGUUGUCCACAGAGGGCACCCGCCUCUCCUACAGUCAUCUGCAGCACUUGAGCCAGGAGCCACACUACUGGCAGCUGCCUGGAAACUACAAAGGAGACAAGGAUGGAAUCAAAAAAUUGGCUCGACAGAAGCGAGCACCACAGUGGCCUGUGGAGGCGGCACAUCUGCAGGAGGAUGAGAUUUGGGCUCUCCUCUCCAACUUCUCCGGCCACUCACAGCCUCCAUCCCAUAUCUCCUCCUACUCCUCCUACUCCUCCUCCAAGCGGGGGGAGCCGAGUGUCCAUCACACCUCCCACAGCUCAGGCUCAAGGACAGGCCCCUCAGGUGUCUCCUCUGGCCGCAAGAAAGCCGUAGGAGGAGCUCCUGGUACUUCGGGUCAGCCCCAGAAAACAGAGCUCCUUGCACAGUCUUCCCCCGGGCACCAAAGGUUGGCUUCCAACACCAGGAUCGCUCCUGGCACCGACACAGGUGCUGGGGCCUUAUCACAGGAAAUGCUUUUCUGGCGGCUGCCCGAGGUCUACAGAGGGGACCAGGUUGGUUCAUAUGGUGGAAAGCUCAAGUACAUCAUUUCAUAUGUGGCUGGACAGAGAGGGACACCUAUUGAUGACGUUGAUGUUCAAAUUAUUGGAAACGAUAUCACCCUGGUGACAAGACAGAACUGGCAGCGAAGCCAAGGGUCUCGAGAGUCACGGCACUUUGAGGUCAUCUUCAGAGAGGAGCACUGGCAGCGUCCGGACGGCAUGCCUGCGACCCGCGAGCACCUGAUGAUGGUGCUGGCGGACCUGGCCGACGUGCUGAUCCGAGCCUCCUACGACACAGAGAUGCGCUCCACCUCCAUCCACGGCAUCAGCAUGGAGGUGGCCGUGCCCAACUUCACAGGGCAGCAGCAGGCCCUGGAGGUGGAGCAGUGCCAGUGCCCACCGGGGUACCAGGGCCUCUCCUGCCAGGACUGUGCCCCGGGCUACACCCGCUCUGGCAGUGGUCUGUAUUUGGGCAACUGUGAGCUGUGUGACUGCAACGGCCACUCAGACACCUGUGACCCUGAGCAAGGCUCCUGUACCGCAUGUCUGCACAACACCAUGGGGGAUAUGUGUGAGAGCUGCGCCCCAGGAUUCUUUGGUGACCCCACAGCUGGAACGCCGGAGGACUGCCAGCCCUGUGCCUGCCCACACGCUGACCCUGACAACCAGUUUUCCCCGACGUGUGAGAGUCUGGGUAAUGGAGGAUACCGCUGCACUGCCUGUCAGCCUGGGUACACAGGCCAGUACUGUGAGCGCUGUGCCCCUGGUUAUGUCGGAGAUCCCCAGAACCGGGUUAAGUGCCGUCCCUAUGACUCAGCUGCCAGUCUGUUGGUGCGUGUGUAUCCUGAGCGUGUGCGGGUGGCUCAGGGUUCGCCUGUGACACUCAGGUGCCAGGUGAGCGGUGCCCCUCCACACUACUUCCACUGGACCCGCCAGGAUGGACGCAGCAUAUCCGGCAGCGCACAGAGACGCAGGCAGGGAGAGGAGCUGUACUUCCCCACUGUUCAGCACAGCGAGGCCGGGGUGUACAUAUGCACAUGCCGUGACCAGCGCAGCACCAACCACAGCCGAGCGGAAAUCAUUGUCACUGGCUCCACCAAGCCUAUUGAGGUGUUCAUUGAGGAACCCAAGGUCCAGACCAUCAGUGUUGGUUCAGAUGUCAGCUUCAUCUGCACUGCUAAGAGCCAGUCACCAGCCUACACUCUGGUCUGGACUCGCAAGGGCAAUGGCAAGCUGCCCAAUCGCGCCAUGGAUUUCAACGGCAUCCUGACCAUCCAGAAUGCGCAGCCAGAGGACGCUGGCACCUAUGUGUGCACUGGCUCCAACAUGCUUGCCAUGGACGAGGGCACUGCCAUUCUCACCAUCCCAGAAGCAUCUCAGAUGCAGACGUUUUACACAGCCUAUGAAAUGUUUGAAGGACAUAGGAAGCCUACGGACUCCCAAGGCUCCCAUGGCUCCCAAGGCUCCCAGGGGUCCCAGGGGUCCCAGGGGUCCCAGCCUGUGGCCACCGUCCACCCCCCCGUACUGACUCUUCAGCAGGGCCAGAGGGCUGAGCUGCGCUGCACCGCCACCGGAAACCCCACCCCUGCCAUUGAAUGGAUAGCUCCCUCUGGUGGCCGGAUCAGCCCCAACGUGGUGAUUCGUGGUGGAGUGCUGACCAUCCCCUCAGUGGAGCGUGCCGAGGAGGGCGAGUACAUCUGCAAGGCCCUCAACAUCCACGGAGAGCAUAUGGCUCGGGGUGUCAUUUAUGUGCACAGUGCAAGUCUUCCCCAGGUGCAGGUGAGCCCAUCGAGUGUGGAGGCCCACGAGGGCCAGACCCUGCGGCUGUACUGUCGCGCUGGUGGCACCCCCAGCCCCGGCCUGACCUGGAAGAAGAGGGGCGGAGAGCUCCCGCCACAGGCCAUUCCUUCUCACGGUUUCCAUCAGUUUAAAAGCAACAGUCUCGAUGUGUUACAGAGACAAGUAGAGGAGCUGCAGGCCCGUAUGGAGCGCACAGACAUCGGCACCCUUCUCAUCCCGAACAUCAGGCCUUCUGAUGCGGGCACCUACCUCUGUGUCGGCAUCAAUGCUAUUGGAUCCUCCGAGUCCCGCAUAGAGGUCACAGUGUCAAGGGUGGACAUCUCAGCCCCCCAGGAGAUAACCAUCCAACCCUCCAUCGCCACUGUGGUCGAGGGAGAAACGCUGGAGCUGAACUGUCUGGUCCCUGGCAACCCGCCUCCUGCGGUCACCUGGCACAGAGCCACUGGCUACCUGUCAUCCAAUCACCAGGUUUUGGGAACACAGCUGCGUAUUGUGCAGGCGUCAGAGGCUGACUCUGGAGAGUAUAUUUGCCAGAUCAUUGGUGCCGGUGCUGGUUCUGGACCUCGUCAGGCGGCUGUGUCUGUCUCUGUGGCCUCAAGUGCUUCGCGUCUCCAGAGCCCCAUCAUCUCCAUCGAGCCCCACAGUUUGAUGGUGAAGCCAGGAGAGACAGCCACCUUCCGCUGCCGAGUCUACAGUGCUGCCCAGCCUGUGCGCCUCGAAUGGAAACUGUCUAACAACCAGCCUCUGCCAGACAAUGCCAAUGUGAGCCCAGAUGGUAAUACCAUCACUAUAGUGAAUGCCAACCCCAGUAAUCAAGGAACUUACCGCUGUGUUGCCAGCAACCUGUUUGGCAUCACACACAGUAUCGUCUCACUGUUCAUUAAAGAGUCUCCUCGUGCGGUGGUGACCCCGUCGGGGCCUGUGAGGGUGCGGGUGGGAGACCCCAUCAAUCUGGAGUGCCGUGCCACUGGGGAGCCCCACUCCUCUGUCUCCUGGCACCGCCUGGACAGCACGCGCAGAACUCUCAUCAGCAGCCCGGUGCCCAUGGAUUCCAACGCUGUCAUGCAGGUUCUGGUCGCCCGGCUGGAGGACAGCGGGACAUAUGUAUGCGUGGCCCAAAACAGUCAGGGUACCACAGAGACGCGCGUGGAGGUGAUGGUGGAGGGCGGCCCGGGCACACCCUCUCCCCCCCGCGCCUCCGUCUCUGAGCCCCUGAUGGUGGUGGUGGAGGGGCAGACGGCCAUGUUGCGUUGCCAUGCUCAAGGUUUCCCCACCCCGUCCAUCUCCUGGUCGAAGCUCCGUGCCCCCCUGCCCUGGCGCCACCAGCUGGUGAAUGGGACUCUGCUGCUGCCUAACGUGGGUCGACAAGACUCUGGAGAGUACAUCUGCAAUGCCACCAACCCCAUGGGCACCAGCGAGGUCACCGUCACUCUCGACGUGGAAACGCCGCCAUACGUCACCAGUCUGCCCGAUGAUGUGCGCGUGCGUGUGGGUGAGGUCAUCCGGCUGCAGUGUCUGGCCCAUGGAACUCCCCCGCUGCACUACUUCUGGAGGAAGUUGAACGGUACCCUUCCCAGUGGCAGGUCUGAGCAGCGUGAUGGUACCCUCCAGAUCAACCUGGCGACACCAGAGGACGCCGGCGCCUAUGAGUGCAUGGCCAGCAACGCUGUGGGCCACAGCAAGACCACCGCAAACGUCUUUGUGCAGUCCCCUCUGUCGGUGCGCGUUUCCCCCAAGGUGGAGGUGCGUGCUUUGGGCUCUGCAGUGGAGUUCACCUGUGGAGCAAUCGGGGGAGCAGAUAUUCGCUUGGAGUGGCUGAAGGAGGGAGGAGUUCUACCCCCGAACCACCACAUCAACAAUGGUGUACUGAGUAUUGAGAAUCUGGAGCAUGGCAACGAAGGCACCUACACCUGCAGAGCCAUAAGUGCCUAUGGACAGGCCCAAGACAGUGCCAAGCUCACCAUCCAAGCUCUGCCCAAGGUGAUGAUAAAUGUGCGGACGUCAGUGCAGACCGUCAUGGUGGGCAGUGUGGUGGAGUUUGAGUGCCAGGCCGAGGGCCACCCCCCGCCCACCCUGCGCUGGAGCAAGGUAGGGGGCGUGCUGCCUGCUCACGCCCAGCUGAAGGGCGGCAUGCUGCGCAUCUCGCCUGUGGCUGAUGGCGACGGAGGCCAGUAUCGAUGCACGGCAACCAACGACGUCGGCUCGGUUCAGUCGCAAGUGGUGCUGAAUGUCCAGUCCCUUCCCCAGAUCACAGCGCAGCCAGAGACUAAAGAGGUGACCGUGGGGUCAAAUGUGGUGCUGCCCUGCGUGGCCACUGGAUACCCCACCCCUAAAAUCACCUGGUCUAAGUUGGACAAGGAUCUUCCAGAGAAGUGCUUCCAGGAAGGCCAUGCCCUGACGGUGCCCUCCGCUAAUCACGAUGACACGGGCACCUACGUCUGCACGGCCGCCAACAAGCAGGGCAAAGUGCAGGCCUUCACCAACCUCACUGUGCAUGAGAGGGUCAUGCCAUAUUUCGAACAGGAGCCUCUCUCUUACCUCCGUCUUCCUACCAUCAAGAACGCCUACAAGACCUUCAGCAUCAAGAUCACUUUCAGACCGGACAAUGUUGAUGGUCUCCUGCUGUAUGCUGGAAUGAUUCUUUACAAUGGACAGAAGAAGACCGCAGGGGCUGACUUCAUCUCUCUCGGCCUAGUGGGAGGACGGCCAGAGUUCAGGUUUGAUGUGGGUUCAGGCAUGGCUGCCCUGCGCUACCCCACCCCCAUCAAAUUGGGGGAAUUCCACACAGUGGAGCUGCUGCGCAAUCAGACACUGGGCUCCCUCAUUGUGGAUGGACAACCUGCCAUCAAUGGCAGUUCACAGGGAAGGUUCCAGGGUCUGGACCUGAAUGAGGACUUGUAUGUGGGUGGAUACGCUAACUACAGCCAGCUGGAGAACACUGCCGGCCUCAAAACUGGUUUUGUGGGUUGCAUACGACAGCUGGUCCUGCAAGGCGAGGAGGUCAUCUUUAAAGACCUGGAUCGCAGCUCCACAGGAGUCUCCAACUGCCCCACCUGCAAGGACGACCCCUGCCAGAAUGGAGGCGUGUGCCAUGACUCGGAUGCCAGCUUGUAUAAGUGUGCAUGCCCACGUGGGUUCAAAGGCAGCAACUGCCAGCAUCAUGCCUCCCUACACUGUCACACAGAGGCCUGCGGUCCCGACGCCACCUGCAUCCACAAACCCCAAGGCCUGGGCUACUAUUGCCGCUGUCACCUGGGCAAAUCAGGAGACAAGUGUAUGGAAGGCACCCUGGUGACGGUCCCCUGGUUCAUGAACAGUGACUCGUACAUUGCCUAUCCUCCCCUGACCAAUAUCCACAAUGACCUGCGGGUGGAGCUAGAGUUCAAACCCACUGCCCCAGACGGCCUCAUGUUCUUCAGCGGAGGCAAGAAAAUGAAGACGGUGGACUUCUUCGCCGUGUCCAUGGUUGGAGGACACGUGGAGCUAAGAUACGAACUGGGGACAGGUCAAGCCGUGCUACGUAGCCAGGAACCGGUGACACUUGGUGAGUUUCACCGUGUGAAAGCCGGCCGGCUCAACAAGGACGGCUCGCUCAAGGUAGACGAUGAGCGUGAGAUCCAGCGCUCAUCCCCGGGCAAAUCCCAGGGCCUGAACAUUCACACGCCCAUGUACCUGGGUGGCGUCCCCAGCAUGGACAUCCUGCCUAAGCCAGCCAACGUCAGCAUGCUCUUUCAGGGCUGCAUCUCGGAGGUGUUGAUCAACAAAAAGAAGCUGGACCUGUCCUACAGUUUCGUCGAGAGUCGGGGCAUAGCACAGUGCCAGGAGGGCUCCCCCUGUGAGCGCCGGCCUUGCCUCAACCAGGGGACUUGCCUAGCCAAUGCUGAAUACGAGUACCAGUGCCUGUGCCGUGACGGCUUCGAAGGGGAACGUUGUGAGGUGCUGAAAGAUGUAUGCACGCGCAGUUCCCAGUGCCAGAACGGGGGCAAGUGUGUAAAUGGCCAGUGCACCUGUCCCGCUGGAUUCUCUGGACUCCUGUGUGAACAAGGAGAGGCAUUGAGCGAGGCGGAGGCGUUGUGGAAGGAGGAGGGCAGCGGGGAGAAUGACUCUCCUUCUCAGUACUCGGCCUAUUUCCAUGACGAUGGCUACCUGGCUCUUCCUAAACCAAUCUUCCCUCGCAGUGCUCCUGACAACCCUGAGACUAUCGAGGUGGAGAUCCACACCAUUUCAGGAGACGGACUCAUCCUGUGGCAGGGAGUGGAGCAGGUUGCUGCUCCCCAGCUGCAUGCUAGUAGAAAGAGUGCCAACCUUCGUAAGCAGAGCCGCUCUCACGAGCUUGGAAAUGAAGGAAAGGGCCAGGACUUUGUCAGUCUAGGACUCCGGAAAGGACACGUUGUCUUUAGCUACCAGCUGGGCAGCGGGGAGGCAGAAAUCACAUCCAGAGAGCCGGUCAAUGAUGGCAACUGGCACAAAAUCACUGCUGUCAGGACGGGUAAACAAGGAUAUAUUCAGAUAGACGGAGGUGCCCGGACAAGGGGCCAAUCUCAAGGGAAGAGCAUCAUGGUCAACACCAAAGGAAACAUAUACCUAGGAGGAGCCCCUGACAUGAUCGCCCUGACUGGAGGCAAGUUCUCAGUUGGCGUAACGGGGUGUGUGCGGAACCUGUCUCUGAUGAACGCGCGGCCCGGGGAGCACAAGCAGCACUCCCCCAUCGACCUGCGGGUGCACGCCGAGGAUGGCGUCAACGUGGAGCGCUGCAUCUCAUAAACACACACUCAUACAGACUUCCAAACAAUCACACACAUGCAUGGACUCACACGCACAAACACACACACACACACACACACUCACGCAUGCACACACACACACACACACACACACACACACACACACACACACACACACACACACACACACACACACACACACACACACACACACACACACACACACACACACACACUUUACACCUGACAGCACACACACACACAGAGUACAAUCUCACGCUUACAAAAUCUGGUGCUCUCUUAUACACACACACACACACACACACACACACACACACACACACACACACACACACACACACACGCGCGCACACACACACACACACACACACACACACACACGCACACAAACACACACACAGUCAGCCAAGGAGCUCUUGCUUGGUGUUGCAGUUCAACCAAAAAAAGACAUUUUAAAAAAACAUGACAUGAUGUCAGACAUGUUACGUAACAAGUCUUCACUUCCUCAGUGUUGUAUUGUCAUCGGGAGACAUCACACACGUCACACACGUGGCCUAAUCAGCCAUGAGAGAGGGCCGAGAGGGAACGAGAGUGGGGGGGGAGAAGCAGGGAAAAGAAACCAUGGAUGAAUGUGAUGGGCCUUCUACAUGGGUCAGAUCCUAUGGAGUCAUUGUUGUUACAGCACUGAUUUUUUUUUAUUUAUAUUCAUAUAGAAAUAUAUAUUAUAUGGGGGGGGGGGGGGGUGCUAACUAACCAUAAACUGCUCCUCUGUUAGCCUGGAAGUAAUUCUGGACACUAAUACUGCUAGUGAGAAUGGGAUCUGUUGUGUGUGUGUGUGUGUGCGUGUGCGUGUGUGUGUGUGUGUGUGUGUGUGUGUGUGUGUGUGUGUGUGUGUGUGUGUGUGUGUGUGUGUGUGUGCGUGGGUGUGUGUGUGUGUGUGUGUGUGUGUGUGUGUGUGUGUGUGUGUGUGUGUGUGCGUAUGCGCGUGUGUGUGUGCGCGUGUGUGUGGUUUGAUGUACACAUGUGUGUUUGGGUCUAAGCUCACAGGCUAAUGUUUUUACUUGAAAAUGAUGCGCCGUUUUCUUUGUUCCUUCUUUUCUUUCUGUCCUUUUUUUUCUGACCUUAAUUCCAGAGCUGAGAUUGAAGAGCAGGCUCUUAGACCUACAGUAUGAGCACGAGAGGGAUAUGGGACAAAUCUUAAGGGUGGGGUGGGGGAGGUGUUGGGUGAUUGUUGUACACACAGAUGUACACGGGAUGAGAGAGCACAGGGGAAUAGCGGGGGGUGGGGGAGGCGAGCAAGAGAACAGAAAUAAGAGAAUGGCAUAGCCAAACACAAAGUGUGGCCUUUCAGCAGGUUUUAUGAAAACACAAAGGAAAAGUACAGUUGUCUAGUUUUUUUUCCCCUUUGGAAAACAACUUCUAUCUGCUAAUGCCGUUUUUAUAUACAAUGGAGCUGAUGUGUUUUCCCAUCUUUUGGGGUAGCCUUUAGUGUGUGGGGUUUUCAAGAGUAAAUCAUGGUGCCACAGUCUGACAGCCAACCCUGCUAAUUGUUUUUUUGUGUCUUUAUGCUAACAAUGUCAGUAGGUGUGUCACUCAUACAGUUUUGUAAGUACCUUUAGUCACACAUGUACAAUAAAAGGCCAUUUGCCAACCACAGCUAGGAAUUCUGAAUGCAGAAUCUCUGUCAAUCAUGUUUAAAAUGUUUGAAUUAGGUGCACUCACAUUUGCUUGUACAUGUGUGCUCAGUUGCACACAUGCUGUGUAUGCUUAAAUACAAAUGCAGUUGA